GUUGUGGUAACUGCAAUAUAAUUUUGUGCCUGUUUAGCCAGAAUAGGCUGUGCCUUUGUGCAACACUUUAGUCCUGAUUGGAAGCUUCCACUUGGCGAUUGGGGCGGUACGGCCUAGACAGCAGCCGCGACAGUACAACUGAGUGUGUAACAGCGCAUAGUUUGUAAGGCGGUGUUCCGGGCUCCUCGGCAAGCAUGAGGCUCCUGCCUCAGGGCGGGAGCCAGCUGGGCUUCCUCUUGCGGCGUAUCUCGACAACCGCUGGGACUAAAGCAGCUGGUUCUGGAAAUGGCGGUGUUGGUGCCUACUUCCGCGGUCGCACAGGCGGCUCCCCGCCUUCCUUCCCGCAGGAGGGCGGCGGCGGGCCGCUGCCACCCGGCUUCGGCCGGCCGGAGCUGUCCCCCGGCCGCCGCGCCGCCGCCACCUUCUUCCGCUUCUUCCUUCCCGUCAGCGGCGUGGGCAUGAUGUGGUACGCCUACACGCACCCGGACCAGGACGACCUGGUAGGCAAGAGGUUCCCCCCCGAGCUGCAGUACCUGGCGGCCCAGCAGACCCCCAACACCGACCCGCUCACCAACUGGAGCGGCACGCACCAGCAGACACCCAAGCGCUUCUUCCACCCCGAGUCGGAGGCGGAGGUGGAGGCCUUCCUGCGCAUCGCGGCCAGGCGCGGCGAGCGGCUGCGACCCGCCGGGUCGGGCCUGAGCCCCAACGGCGCGGCGCUGAGUGACGAGGGCGUGCUGGCGCUGGGGGCCAUGGACCGGGUCAUCGGAGUGGACCGGGAGAAGAUGCAGGUUACCGUGCAGGCGGGGUGCCGCGUGCAGCAGGUGGCUGACGCGCUGGCCCCGCACGGCCUCACGCUGCAGAACUACGCGUCCAUCCGGGAGCAGCAGAUCGGGGGCAUCACACAGGUGGGUGCGCACGGCACGGGUCCCCGGCUGCCCCCCGUGGACGAGCAGGUGGUGGCCAUGCGGCUGGCCACCCCGGGGCUGGGCACCAUUGCGCUGAGCGAGGAGGAGGAGCCGGAGCUGUUCAGGCUGGCUCGUGUGGGGCUGGGCUCGCUGGGCAUCAUGACGCAGGCCACACUGCGAGUUGUGCCCCGCCACCAGCUGAUCGAGCGCACCUUCACCGCCUCCCGCGCGGAGGUGCGCCGCAACCACGUGAAGUGGCUGCAGGAGAACAAACACAUCAAGUACCUGUACAUUCCGUACACCGACACGGUGGUUGUCGUACAGGCCAACCCCGGGUCCAGCGCCGAGCAGCUGCGGGUGGCCAAGGAGCAGGCGGCCAGCCCCGCGCACCCGCCGGAGGAGCGCACGGAGGCGCUCAGGCGCCUCUACGCCUCCGUGCUUCCCGCCUCCGACCCCGCCGGCCUCACCGCCCCGCAGCUCCGGGACGCGCUGCUGGCUGCGGGUCCGGGUCCGCUGGACGCGGGGUGGGUGGCGGCGGUGAACGGCGCGGAGGCGGAGUACUGGCGUCGCAGUGCGGGGGUGCGGGUGGGGUACAGCGACGAGGUGCUGGGGUUCGACUGCGGCGGGCAGCAGUGGGUGAUGGAGGUGGCGUUCCCGGUGGCGGGGUCGCUGGAGGGACUGCGGAGGGGCGCCAAGACGCGGGACAUGGAGUUCAUGGAGGCGCUGAUGAAGGAGAUUGAGAAGGCCCGCCUGCCCGCGCCCGCCCCCAUCGAGGUGCGCUGGAGCGCCGGCAGCUCCUCGCCGCUCAGCCCCGCUGCGGGGCCGCCCGAGUCGCUGCACUGCUGGGUGGGCGUCAUCAUGUACCUGCCGCAGGAGCAGCAGCAGCGGGACAAGGUCACGCAGGCUUUCCGCGAGUACGCCCGGCUGGUGGAGACCAAGCUGAUGCCGCGCUUCAACGCCACCUGGCACUGGGCCAAGCUGGAGGCGGGCCCGGGCUCGGGUCGCAGCGAGGAGGAGGUGGCGGCGGUGGUGCGGCCGAGGCUGGCGGCGCGGUUCGGACCCGCGCUGCGCUCGCUGGCUCGGUACAGGGGCGUGCUGGACCCCUCGGGCAGCCUAGGGAACGGGUGGCUGGACGCGGUGAUUGGGCCGGCGCCGCAGCAGGGGCAGCCGCAGGGGGAG